AUGCCUCUCAACGCGAACGAGGAAGCUUUGAUAGGGAAGCCUUCUACAGCAGAUCUUGACUAUGAGCAUCAAAGAGUGGAAUAUGCGCCCGAGGAACAACACAAGAUUGGAAAGUGGACUCUGGUCGCGCUCAUCCUAAACCGAACGAUCGGCUCUGGCAUCUUCCUAACACCGCAUCGGAUCCUGACUGGCGUUGGCUGUGUCGGCGGUGCGCUCUGUGUCUGGGUCCUGGGUGCUCUCAUCUCGAUAUGCGGUCUUUACGUCUGGUUGGAAUGCGGCUUGUCGAUGCCACAGAGAAGAGUUCGAGUCGAGACCGAGCCUCGAGGCGUUCCUCGAUCUGGUGGCGAUAAGAACUACCUUGAGUUCAUGUUCCCAAACCGCGGACUCAGGCUCCCACACUUCAGGACAACAUGCUCAUUCUCGAUCAUGUUCCUACUGAUGUAUAUUCUCUCUGGCAACGCGAUCUCCUUUGCGAUCCAGGUGAUGACAGCAUCUGGACACUACGAUCGCGACUCUGGCGAUCUCCCUCCUCGAGGUAUUGUUAUUGGCAUAGCUAUAUCCGCUUUGAGCCUGGUGGUCUUGCUUCAUGCCUUCUCCCGAAACAUUGGCAUCUUCAUCAACAAUGGCUUCGCCAUUAUCAAAGUGGCACUUCUGUUGACCAUAAUCUGUCUGGGAAUUGCGAAAGCAGCUGGCAAGUUCGGUGGUCCAGGCGACGUUCAAAAGGAUGUCGGAUCCUGGUCAAACUCGCUCCUGCUGUGCAUGUACGCCUUCUCCGGAUACGAGCAACCCUUCUAUGUCCUUGCUGAGACGAAGAGCCCUCGAAAGAACGGUACACCUCGAUUGCAAUGCUAUCUCUUGGUGGUCGACAAAAGCGAAGUCUUGCCCGAGCAGGGCGGCAUCCCUGAUAGCUUCGACCUGGCUACGCUCUUCUUCGAUAACCUGUGGAAGAAUGAUCAUCAAGGAGCUGCGCGUGCUAUGGCUGCAGUCAUCGCCGUAUCAAUCUUCGGCAAUCUAUGGGAGAUUGCGAAAGAAGGCAUCCUGCCCUUCUCUCUGAUCAUUGCCACAUCAUACAGAACGCCUUCCGGCAUGCUCAAACGAGCCUUCUCCAGGAAUCCACGCUCAGAAGAGCAAGUAGAACAAGCUACGACGGCAACUUUCGGUCUGCACUGGCUUACAUCAGUCGUCUUGAUCGCAGCCACUGCGCCGAUCCUCGAUCCGCGCAGGACGUACUCCAUCUUGAUCUCCCUGUAUUCGUAUACGAUCAUACUGGUCCUGGGGUUCUGGGUGUCCUUCGGGCUAGUCAUGACCAAAUUCCGCAAGUCCCAAUGGCACUGGCAGGAGCGCCGCCGGUCUCGUCCGUGGCUUUCACCAGCGCACGCCAUCAUCUACUGCAUCGCCACAGCUUUCAUGCUCGUAGCGGCGUUUGUGCCGUCGCAACGCGGAUCACCUUUCCACGAGUCGGUCACUGGUUUGCCGUGGUACCUCAUUCCUGCGAUAGGCAUCACAGGUCCGUUUUGGGGACUGCUGUGGUACGGAGGCUUCAGACUGUACGAGUCCAAGAUGAGAUGUCGGCAACUUGUCGUGACUAGGGAAGCGUACUGGGCGCGAGACCCAGGCUGCCCGGGAGAGUACGUUCAGCUUGCCGAAAUUAUCGAUCACACGUGGGAAGUGGCAACGCGAGAGGACAUGUCCGAUGAGUUCGAGAAGCCUCGUACCGCGUUGCUUGAGCAUAGGAGUACGCCCAUGAUGCGAAUGUCAAGUCCCAGCAAAGGCGAUGGAAGUGAUGGACAGUUGUUGGAGGAGGGCAAGGCAGGAGGCCGUGUUCGAGAUCAGGACGUGGGUAUUCCUAGACGUCUUUCUGAUAGCUUUUGA